ACAAUCAUCCAUUUUCCCCUCAAUUUCCUUUCCAAUCUGAGAGAUCUGAAUCUCAACGAUAUGAAAUUUAUUGAUCUCAAUGCCCUAAUUCAAAUCCAUCUGUUCUAUUCAACUUUCGGUUUCUGCUGAUCCAUUAGUGUUUCUUAUUAUCAGACCAGAUCGAUGAAACUUCAAAAUCUCGCAUUAACAACAACAAUGUCGUCGAAUCCGGACCAUCAGAUUCAUCACAACCGUUCGUUUGUGUCGAAUCCGCAACAUCAAUCAACGGCUGUGAUUGUUCCGCCGCCGUGCUCUCAUUUGGAGGAGUUUAAGGCUGGUCGAGGGGCCACGGCGUUUGGUAAGUUAUUGGAAUGCAUUCGAGUGAGGCCGCUAGGACGCGCCUCCGUGCGUAGGGAACCUAAUGAGGUCUUCCGGUGCAGCGCGUGCAGACAAGCGUCACAGCGGGUCUAUGCUUGCGUGUCGUGUGCUGCUGUUGUUUGUGACAUACACGCGCCGGAUCACGAACACGAGAUCGCGAUCGACGUGGAUCGAGCGGAGCUGUUCUGUUGCUCGUGCGGGGACCAGGUGUAUGAUCGCGAUUUCGAUUCCGCUAUUGUGUUGUCGCAGACCGCGGCGGCGACGCUAGGCGGAUGUAACUCGCUUUGCACACCUCCGCCGGAGAACCUAAGAAAGCGGCGGCGCGUGGAUUAUCGUCCCUGGACGCCUGAUUCAAGAGAGCGCGCAUUGCUAGGGACAAACUCAAGUUUGUUACCUGGAAACGACGAAGAUUUAUCUUCGAGCUCGAACUUUCCUGUGGGAUUGAAAGGGCUAAACAAUCUUGGAAACACUUGCUUUAUGAACUCUGUAUUGCAGGCGUUGUUGCACACACCUCCGCUACGGAAUUAUUUUCUCAGUGACCGGCACAACCGGUUUGUUUGUCAGCAGAAGAAUGGAGUUCAUCGGAACAAAAACGAACGAAAUAACAAGAAUCCACAGAGGUUGUGUUUGGCCUGCGAUACAGAUGCAUUGUUUUCAGCGGUGUUUUCUGGUGAUCGGAAACCCUACAGCCCUGCAAAGUUCUUAUACAGUUGGUGGCAGCAUGCAGGAAACCUGGCGAGUUAUGAACAGCAGGAUGCUCAUGAAUUUUUCAUUUCCAUGCUUGAUGGGAUCCACGAAAAGGUGGACAAAGAUGAGCAUAAACCUCAUAGUCAAGGUAGCGGAGACUGCUGUAUUGCCCAUAGAGUAUUCUCCGGAAUCUUGCGUUCUGAUGUCAUGUGCACUGCAUGUGGUUUUACAUCCACCACAUAUGAUCCUUGUGUAGACAUCUCACUGGAUUUAGUACCCAACCACGAAGGUCCUGCAAAAACAUCCACAAAAACUCAUCAUUCUUGCAAUGGAAAUGCAGAAUCCAUAAAUUCAGGUCACAGCUCAGGAACAUCGACACUAAUGGGUUGUCUGGACCGAUUUACAAGACCAGAAAGAUUAGGAUCCGACCAGAAGUUUUUCUGCCAACAGUGUCAAGUGCGACAAGAAUCUCUCAAACAAAUGUCAAUAAGAAAGCUUCCGUUGGUCUCUUGUUUUCACAUCAAAAGAUUCGAGCACUCGUCAAUAAGGAAAAUGUCAAGAAAGGUGGACCGCUACUUGCAAUUCCCGUUUUCUUUGGACAUGUCUCCUUAUCUGUCGUCAUCCAUCUUAAGGAGCAGAUUCGGGAACCGGAUAUUUGGGUUUGACGGUGCGGAUGGGAAUGAAGCAGAUGAGUCAACUUCGGAAUUCGAGUUAUUUGCGGUUGUGACACACACAGGGAAACUGGAUGCUGGGCAUUAUGCGACAUAUUUGAGGUUGAGUAAUCAAUGGUACAAAUGUGACGACGCGUGGGUGACACAAGUGAACGAGAACAUUGUGAGAGCGGCGCAGGGAUACAUGAUGUUUUACGUUCAGAAAAUGCUUUAUUACAAGGCGAGCGAGAAACAAAGCGGUUGAAGUGAAUUUUCGAUCAAGGUAUUUUGGUCUUGUUCUGA